AAAAUAAAAAAGACAUCUUUGAAAGUCUCAACAAGCUUAGACGCGAAGUUAGUCUCUGCCAUUUUGAGUCGUCUCUGUUUCUGUGGAAGCCAUAUCUGAAGACCUGGAAGUAAAACUGGGUUAUGGCGGAUUCGAAGGUUGAGACCAUCUCUCGCUUAGCUCAAUGGAGGAUCGAGAACUUCGGACCCUGCUCAUACAAGAAAUCCGACCCUUUUAAGGUUGGAUUUUGGAACUGGCAUUUGUCGGUGGAGAAGAAUCGGUACAUGUAUAUUCGUCUAUUUCCAGAGCCUUCUCGGGUGUCCAAAGACCAGCCUCCGCUUGCUCGCUUUGUUCUCAGAGUAUCCAACACCGGCAGUGGUCGCAGACCUUACAUCUCUCCCAUUCAUGAGAGGCUGCUUCGCAAUUGUGAAGACUUUGUCUGGCCUGUAGAUUCCACCUUUGUAGGUCGAUUUAUCAUUGAUGUUGAGUUUCUGGAUUUGAAGAUAUGCUCAGUAAAUGGCAGUGAAGCUAGUUCUAUAUGGCCUGUUGAUGCAACAAUGCAAUCCAUAUCAAAACAAAGCACACUUCGAUGCCUCUCAAGGAUGCUUGAUGAGUCAAUCCAUGCUGAUGUAACCAUCCACACAGUUGGUGGCACUUUAAAAGCUCACAAGGCCAUUUUGUCUGCGAGUUCUCCUGUCUUCCAUAGCAUGUUCCAUCACAACCUCAUGGAGAAAGAGUCCUCCAUGAUUCACAUAGAAGACAUGUCAGUAGAUUCUUGUAUGGCCCUUCUCAGUUACUUGUAUGGAACCAUUAAGCAAGUGGACUUCUGGGAGCACCGUGUGGCGCUUCUUGGAGCUGCGAACAAAUACGACAUUGCAGACCUGAAAGAUGCUUGCGAGGAGAGUCUCAUGGAAGACAUCAACUCAGGUAACGUCCUGAAGAGACUGGAAGAGGCCUGGCUGUACCAGCUGAACAAACUGAAGAAAGGGUGCUUGAUGUACUUGUUUGAGUUUGGGAAGAUAUAUGAUAUUAGAGAGGAAAUGAACGAGUUUGUGAGGCGUGCGGAUAGGGAGCUUAUCACGGAGAUUUUUCAAGAGCUGCUUACUGUGUGGAAGCCAGCUUAACCGAGCAAAUUCGAUCAAACAACCAUGACCAUCUAACCAACCAAUUAUAAAAGGGCUAUUGAAAGGAAAUAUAUGUACCGGUUGUAGAUUUCAUGUUUGAUUUUCUAGCGUUAGCUACUUAUAGUGCCCAACACAACUUUAUGUUAAUUAAUAAAGCUGGCUAAUCCAUUUGACGGGCUGGUCUGAUCCAUGUUGUGCUGCCAACUAAUCCGGCAAUAUCACCUGGAUCGUGAGGCUGCUCUAUGUUAAUUGGUACAAUUUAGUUUGGGUAUUACAUAAAUCACCUCAUAUUAGUUGUACCAAUAAUAGUAUGCUAUGUUGGAUAUUUAACGUGGUAUUGGUCACGAUUGAUACCUCAACUUCAAUGGUAAUAAGAAACAAAAUCAAAGUUGUGUGCA